GGUGGAAGGGUUCCCUACCCUCUCCGUAUUGGUCUGUGACCCAGAAGUCCUACGGGCAGUCACAUCGCGCGUGGCGCAGCCACACAGCGAGAAAGAGCCGGCAGUACGGUGAAGCCAGAGUGGCCGGCUGAGUAGGGAGGCUGACUCCGCCAGUUGUCCCGGCGGGUGAUGGCGCCCCCCGCGGCCUAGUGGUCCCGUGCCCGGGCAAGCCCCAGCCGGGCCUCCUCCCUCGCUGUACGCCGGGGUCCCGGCUGCCGAGAGCAUGAUGGUGCCGCUGGCCAAGCUGGCCAGCCCAGCAUAUCAGUGCUUUAAUGCCUUAAAAAUUAAGAAAAAUUAUCUACCUCUGUGUGCUACAAGAUGGUCCUCAACUUCCAAUGUGCCUCGAAUUACUACCCACUACACUAUUUAUCCCCGGGAUCAGGACAAGCGAUGGGAAGGAGUGAACAUGGAGAGGUUCGCAGAGGAGGCUGAUGUAGUGAUAGUGGGUGCCGGCCCCGCAGGGCUCUCCGCAGCUACCCGGCUGAAGCAGCUGGCGGCCCAGCAUGAGAAGGACCUCCGUGUGUGUCUGGUGGAGAAGGCUGCUCAGAUAGGGGCUCACACGCUCUCCGGAGCUUGCCUGGAUCCACGCGCUUUCGAAGAGCUUUUCCCAGACUGGAAGGAGAAGGGAGCACCACUUAACACUCCUGUCACAGAAGAUAGAUUUGGGAUUUUAACAGAGAAAUACAGAAUUCCUGUGCCAAUUCUUCCAGGUCUUCCAAUGAACAACCACGGCAACUAUGUGGUCCGCCUGGGACACCUGGUGAGCUGGAUGGGGGAGCAGGCAGAAGCCCUCGGUGUGGAAGUGUACCCCGGCUAUGCUGCUGCAGAGAUCCUUUUUCAUGAAGAUGGUAGUGUGAAAGGCAUCGCCACAAACGAUGUAGGGAUACAGAAGGAUGGGGCACCAAAGACAACAUUUGAGAGAGGGCUGGAACUACAUGCCAAAGUCACAAUUUUUGCAGAAGGCUGCCACGGACACCUGGCCAAGCAGCUGUACAAGAAGUUUGACCUGAGAGCCAACUGUGAGCCCCAGACCUACGGGAUCGGGCUAAAGGAGCUAUGGAUUAUUGAUGAGAAGAAGUGGAAGCCUGGGAGAGUGGAUCACACUGUGGGCUGGCCCCUGGACAGACACACUUAUGGUGGCUCUUUCCUCUACCAUCUCAAUGAAGGGGAACCUCUCGUAGCUCUUGGCUUUGUGGUUGGUCUAGACUAUCAAAAUCCAUACCUAAGUCCAUUUAGAGAGUUCCAGAGGUGGAAACACCACCCCAGCAUCAAGCCAACAUUGGAAGGUGGUAAAAGGAUUGCAUAUGGAGCAAGAGCCCUCAACGAAGGUGGCUUUCAGUCUAUACCAAAACUCACUUUUCCUGGGGGCUUACUGAUUGGGUGCAGUCCUGGUUUCAUGAAUGUUCCCAAGAUCAAAGGGACCCACACAGCAAUGAAAAGUGGAAUUUUGGCAGCAGAAUCUAUUUUCAAUCAACUAACUAGUGAAAAUCUCCAAUCGAAGACAAUAGGACUCCAUGUAACUGAGUAUGAGGACAACUUGAAGAACUCAUGGGUGUGGAAGGAGCUCUACUCCGUCAGGAACAUCAGACCAUCCUGCCACGGGAUCCUGGGUGUAUAUGGAGGGAUGAUUUACACUGGAAUCUUCUACUGGAUAUUCAGAGGGAUGGAGCCAUGGACUCUGAAACAUAAAGGUUCUGACUCCGAUCAGCUCAAGCCAGCCAAGGACUGCACCCCUAUUGAGUAUCCAAAACCAGACGGACAGAUCAGUUUUGACCUCCUGUCAUCUGUGGCUCUGAGCGGUACUAACCAUGAACAUGACCAGCCAGCACAUUUAACCCUGAAGGAUGACAGUGUACCUGUGAACAGAAACCUGUCCAUAUACGACGGGCCUGAGCAGCGAUUCUGCCCUGCAGGAGUCUAUGAAUUUGUACCUUUGGAACAAGGUGAUGGAUUUCGGCUACAGAUAAAUGCUCAAAACUGUGUGCACUGUAAAACAUGUGAUAUUAAGGACCCAAGUCAGAAUAUUAACUGGGUGGUGCCUGAAGGUGGUGGAGGCCCUGCGUACAAUGGAAUGUAAGCUGCAGUUGGCCUCACUUGUGCCUGUUUCUCUCAAGUGGACAGCAAGCCAACUUCAAAUGUUUGGAAGUUCACAAGUGUCAAAAUACCUUACAGCAUGUUACUGACCAGAAUGUUCAUAAAAUAAUUAUCAGUAAAAUAAUUUUAUACUAUACCUAAAAUUGUCCCAUAAAUAAUUAUGAAUAUUUCUCUUAAAUAAAGCUUUAUUAAGUGAUGA